ACCAUCUUUCGGUUCGCAAAUCCAAAUAGAAAAGACCCAGACCCCAAGCCACACUUUAAUCUUUUUUUAAGCUAAGCCACACUUUAAUCAAUCUCUUAGGAUUAUAAGAUCCUAAUCGAUGAAAUGACUCCAGGUCGGCUCAGUGGCUACCCUAGCUUAGCUUCCUUUUGAUUUGUUUUAUCUCCUACCAGUAACCAACAGCGAUGGCGAAAAGAGGGAGGAAACCACACGAGACGCUUUCGUGAGCACCGCAAUUUAAAUCCGAGGGAGCGGACAAAGUUUCUUGAGAGAGAGCUCCUCCCUCCCACGACGCGCCCGUGCCCCCGACCACCACCCCACGCGUCCCGUUCGAAUCUCUCACACGAAACCCACGAGCCAGGGACAAGAAACCAUCGACGAGAACGGGAAUGGACGCCGCCGCUGCCGAGAAGGAGACGGACGCCGGCGGGCCACGCAAGAAGCCGGCCGCCGGCGCCGGGAAGCGGUGGGACGGCGAGGGCGCCGCGCGGGGCCGCGACGACUCGCCGGCGGCGCCCCGCGAGGACGCCGGGAAGGACGGGGCGCUGGCGGAGUGCGCCGUCUCGUGCUGCGUCUUCUGCGCGUGCCUGCCCGUGGCCGUGCUCUGCUGCGUGGCGCGCGCGCCCGUCCGCGCCGCGCGCCGGUGCUGGCGGCUGAGGCGGCGGCGGCGCCCGGCGCGGCGCCUCGCGCCCGGAGGGUCCUCGUCCUUCUCCGACGCCGAGCUCGGGGACCUCCGGCAGGGGCGGGUGCGGACAAUGGCGGAGGAGGACAACGGCCGGGCCGGAUCGCCGGCGUCUCCGCGGCAACCGCCCCCGCGGGAGGAUCGGAGGAGAUAGGUAGCGAGUUUGUUAGUUAGGCUGAUUGGUUUUUCUCCAGUUUUGCUGUGAUCUGCCAAGUAGGAUGAUGAGCCGUUUCGAUCUGUGCGGCCUCUCUCUCUCUCUCUUUUCGCUUUCUUUCAUUCUCUCAUUCUCGCCGUCGGUUAGUGGUUAGCUCACGCCGAUGAUCAGCCAGAAAUUUCGGCAAAGAAGCAAGGUUGCUGCCCAGUGCACAUUCGGCACCACAUUGCCUUGUCCAGAUUUUUCAAUCUACUGUAGAUUGUAGUCUAGAUGAUUUGGGAUGAUUUAUUGGUUUGAGAUGGUUGCGCCAAAAAUAAAGCGAGUGCAUUACUGUA